AUGGCUACGCAAGGUCAAGUGAUCACUUGCAAAGCGGCGGUGGCCUGGGAACCCAACAAGCCGUUAGUGAUCGAGGAGGUUCAGGUGGCGCCGCCGCAAGCCGGCGAGGUUCGAAUCAAGAUCCUCUUUACUGCCCUCUGCCACACAGACGCUUACACAUGGAGCGGAAAGGAUCCCGAGGGUCUCUUCCCAUGUAUUCUUGGUCAUGAGGCUGCAGGUGUCGUUGAAAGUGUUGGAGAAGGCGUGAUUGAGAUUCAGCCUGGAGACCAUGUCAUUCCUUGUUACCAGGCAGAAUGCAAAGAAUGCAAGUUCUGCAAAUCAGGGAAGACAAAUCUCUGUGGGAAAGUAAGGGUAGCUACUGGAGCUGGAGUAAUGCUGAGUGACCGUAAUAGUCGUUUUUCGAUCAAUGGCAAACCUAUUUAUCAUUUCAUGGGAACUUCAACAUUCAGUCAGUAUACUGUUGUCCAUGAUGUUAGUGUUGCAAAGAUUGAUCCCAAAGCCCCUUUGGAGAAAGUAUGUCUUCUAGGUUGCGGUGUUCCAACAGGCCUUGGAGCAGUUUGGAAUACAGCAAAAGUAGAACCAGGCUCUAUUGUUGCUGUUUUUGGCCUUGGCACUGUUGGACUUGCUGUAGCAGAGGGUGCAAAAGCUGCUGGUGCUUCACGGAUAAUUGGAAUUGACAUUGAUAGCAAAAAGUUUGAUACAGCGAAGAACUUCGGCGUGACUGAAUUUAUCAACCCAAAAGACCAUGAUAAACCAAUACAGCAGGUAAUUGUGGAUCUAACAGAUGGUGGCGUCGAUUAUAGUUUUGAGUGCAUUGGGAAUGUCUCUGUAAUGAGGUCUGCUCUGGAGUGCUGCCAUAAGGGAUGGGGAACCUCGGUCAUUGUGGGUGUUGCAGCAUCAGGUCAAGAGAUAUCUACACGACCAUUUCAGCUGGUUACUGGUCGUGUCUGGAAGGGUACAGCUUUUGGUGGUUUUAAAAGCCGUUCUCAAGUUCCUUGGCUUGUUGACAAGUAUAUGAAGAACGAAAUCAAGGUUGACGAGUACAUUUCUCAUAAUUUGACUCUUGCGGAGAUAAACAAAGGUUUUGAUCUGAUGCAUGAUGGGGCUUGCCUCCGUGUUGUGCUUAAUAUGUUUGCAUAA